UCCACGUAUCUCUGACUGUUAGUUCGAACGGGUAGCUUCGACGGGGCGUCGUCGGUUUCUCCACUUUUUUGCCAGUCGGUUGUAGUUCCCUUCAGGCCUACGUGAAACUGUGUUGAUGCCUCCCGUUCUUGUUUGCAGAGCGUUCGGUCCCACUACCCUUCCUAUGUAUAGCCGCAACACUCUUUACGUGGGGAACAUAUCCUCGCGUACUACCGAGCGUGAUAUCACGGAGGAGUUUGGACGAUAUGGUCGCGUCAUAAGAUGCUACAUCCCUUCGGGAAAGAACAUUUGCUUCGUGGAGUACGACGACGAGCGGGACGCAGAGGAUGCCUACCGCGGUAUGGCUUCUGCUCGCGUUGAUGGCAAUACAUUGAACUUGCAAUGGGCUAAGGCUGGUCCCAGGGACAGAGUACGGAGGUACUACCGCUCCCCCUCGCGUGGUUACAGCCGUAGACAUUACGGUCGCUCAAGGAGUCGUAGCUAUUCACGUGGUCGUUCUCGUCGGGGAAGAAGCUACCGUUCCCGUUCCCGAUCCUAUUCGCGGUCUGGGUCGCGAUCAUCUAGAUCUCGCUCGGGUUCCUCUGUCAGCCGAUCGGACAGUCGUGAUGGGCGUCGUACUCACUCGGAGUCUCCCCGGAAGCAUCGCGAUCGCUCGUCCACGUCCAAGGUUGAAGACAGAGAGCGGUCCCGUCACGAAUCAAGAUCGAGAACAUCUCGUCGAGAGGAAGGUUCUGAGUGUCGCUCAAGGAGCCCCAGUGAGAAGGAGCGUACAAGUCGUUCGAGGGACCGCAGCGAGCUUCGUGAGGGAAAAUCCAAAUCGAGAGAAGCCGACCGGUCGGAGUCUCGUGGUUCCCGGAGCCGUAGCGGGCCUCGGGAUAGUCGCUCUGGAAGCCGCAGUACCGAGCGCUCCAAUGACCGUGUUGAGGAAAAACGUGGAAGUGAGAGCCCUGAGAAAGAUGUGAAGAAGCGCGACCGCAGCGGCGAGCGGGUGCCAAGUUCUGACGCUAAGAGCCCCUCGCGGGGUGAGUCUCAACGUCGACGAGAUCACAGUACACGUAGGAGUUCGAGUCGUAGGGAUGACAAUGACCGGAAGAGGAGUGCUUCACGUGAUAGGAGUGAGAGCCGUCGGAAGAGUACUCGCAGAGAGGAGAGUGACAAGCCCACAGCAAGUGUAGAUCGUAAGGCAGAUUAGUUGCUCUACUGCUGUGCUAGUACUACAGCACUAC